AUGCAAGCAGUCCAUCCAAUCUCCACUGUGGCUGUCAUCCGUGCCUGUGGUCAAGAGGAAGUGGGUGGGGAUGUGGGCUGUUCGACGCCAUUGACCACGAAAAUUGCUCAUGCAUGGCCGAAAAAGGCGAAAAUACCCCUGAAUCUUAAAGAUUUGAACCCACUAUGCUGGGACCCUGGAGUUUUCUGCAACUUGGCGCUUUCGUCUCCAGUCCGAUUGUCAAUAAGGCAGCUCUUGGGUCUCCAGUCUUCGGUCUUCGGUCUUUGGUCUCCAGAGCUUCGAGAGCUUCGAGUCUCUGGUCCCUGGUCCCUGGUCCCUGGUCAUUCACAUUAUCGUUGCAUGUGCCGAGAGGUAACCCCGCAUGGGUGUGUUCGUUCAUCUUUAUUUCUUGUGCGUGCAAAAAUUCAACAAUUGCAGAAAUUGAAACUUUUGCCUCUUGCCGUUGUUGCCACACACAGAAACAUUGAAAGAAAACUUUCAGACAUGAAAAACGUAAAAAAUGAAAUAAAAUAA